AUGGGAGAACAGGGGCCAACGCCGGCCAGUGCGGAGGCAGGCUUUAUCUUUUCCAUGUCUCAGCCCGAGAACCCAUUCCUCGCAGACGCUUAUUUCCAACGUGUCCUCGCCACGUAUCUGCCCAAAGAUCUACUCAUCGAGCCAUUUGUGGAAAAACACAACAUCUGGGGUGCUCGCCAUGAUGUUGACAGGCUUGUUACCAGCGAAGGCUGGAGAGCCCUGCGCAAAUGGGGUGCAGAGGAAGGCGCUGUCGCCAUUGGCUAUGAAUCUCAGUACGGCAAAUACAACAGAAUCGUUCAACAUGCAAAAAACUACCUUUUUUCGCCAGUUUCUGGUCUCACCGGAUGCCCGCUUUCGAUGACUGACGGCACAGCGCGUCUGCUUCGCUCACAACUUCCUGGACUGCCGGCGUCUCAUCCUUUUCAUGAAACCUACUCCCGAUUGACCGCCCGUACCGGCAGCUGGACAUCUGGUCAGUGGAUGACCGAGCGUCCCGGCGGCAGUGACGUCCAAAAUACCGAGACGUGGGCAAGAUAUGCUCCCUUGUCAGCCAAGACUGGCGAACAUGGCCGAUUGGAUGAGGGUGACUACCUCGUCUCCGGCUUCAAAUUCUUCUCCUCUGCCACCGACGCCAACGUUACGAUGCUGCUAGCCAAGACGGAGAGCGGUAAGCUCAGCGCUUUUCUCGCGCCGCUGACCAAGACGGCUGUUGCAGAGGAUGGCAGCACUAAAGUGGUGACCAACGGUGUGCGCAUCCAUCGCCUCAAGAACAAGUUUGGCACCAAGCAGCUGCCUACGGCGGAGCUAGAGAUCAAGGAGAUGCGCGCGCAUAUUGUCGGCCCCGUGGACCGCGGCGUCGCAACCAUUUCGCACCUCCUCAACGUCACACGCGCGUGGGCAUUUAUGUCUUCGGUGGCGGCAAUGCGACGGGGGCUCACCAUUUCCAAGCAGUUUGCCAUUAAUAGAACCGUAUUCGGCUACCCUCUCUGGGCUUUGCCGCUGCACCUGCGCACGCUGGCCGACAUUGAAGUCCGUGUUCGCGGUUUUACGCAACUGAGCUUUUUCACCGUCUCUCUGAUGAGCUUUACGGAGCAUGGUUUCCCUGACUCCGGUACUUUGCCAAUGCCUUUGCCAGAAUCCGGCGAGGAAGCCAUGGUGGUUUUGAGAGCUUUGACGGCCGCUGCAAAAGCCGUGACCAGCAAGAAUGCCGUCAUUACUAUGCAGGAAUGUAUGGAAGCUCUUGGUGGCGUCGGCUACAUGGACGACCCGGAUGAGCCAGAGAAUCUCGCACGUGCGCUGCGUGAUAUUUCUGUCAACGCCAUCUGGGAGGGAACAACCAACGUCCUCAGCAGCGAGUUCGUCCGUCACGUCCUUAACCGCAACCAUCUAGAACAUCUCGAUGCAUGGCUGUCCAAAGCCAUCGCAGGCAUUGAAAACAAGGAUUACCGCGGCGUUCUGCAGGUCGCAUGGCAAAAUUUGCACGGUCGCCUGCAUCAAAACAAGCACUACAUUUUUGAUGUUCUAUCUGUUGGCCGCAACGUCAUGUUUAGCUUCUCUUGGAUUGUGGUGGGCGUGCUGCUCGCGUGGGAUGAGCAGCGUGAUAAUGAUGAACUGGCGGAAGAAGUGGCUCGUCGUUCCAUUCUGAAUGGCGAAGGCGGCUUCCGGGAGUGGUUACUCCCGGACGUCGGCGCCCCCACGGCCAAAGCUCGCUUUGAUGAGAGCAAAGAGCGCGCCAAAUGGGAUUCUCGUCUGGUAUGGGGCAAAGAGCUGCCUGACUUUGCACCAUUCGGCCAGAGAAUCCCUCUAGGGUCUAAGAUGUGA